GUUUUGCCCCGUUUCCCCCGGUUUUAAGCGAAGAGUCCGCUCCCCCCCGGGGGUCUCUGUCCCGGUGCUGCUCGGGUGUCUCCCAUCGCCCAGCCCCGGAGCUCCGCCGGCGGCUCCGGGCACGGAAACAACGGAUACAACGUUCGGGUUAAGACUGAUCGAGGCCAUCAUCCCACCCAGCCAUGGCACCCACACUGGCUACCGCCCAUCGCCGGCGCUGGUGGAUGGCAUCCACAGCCAUCAUUGAGAGCCUGCUCUUCUCUGCUGUCCUGCUGGGCUGGGGCUCCCUCCUCAUCAUGCUGAAAGCAGAAGGGUUUUAUUCCUACCUGUGCUAUGGGUCAGAAAACACCACCAGCAGCUCUGACCAGGAGAACAGCACGGAUUCAGAGCACAAAUGGCCUUCCUGCAAUGCCCAGGAUGAGAUGCUCAACUUGGCCUUCACCAUUGGGUCCUUCCUGCUCAGUGCGAUCACACUCCCACUGGGAAUCAUCAUGGAUAAGUAUGGACCUCGCAAGCUCCGGCUGCUCGGCAGUGCCUGCUUUGCCGUGUCCUGUGUGCUGAUCGCCUACGGUGCCAGUAACCCGGACUCUCUGUCUGUGCUGAUAUUCAUUGCGCUGGCUCUGAAUGGCUUUGGGGGGAUGUGUAUGACCUUCACAUCACUUACGCUGCCCAACAUGUUUGGUGACCUCCGUUCCACGUUCAUUGCCCUGAUGAUUGGCUCCUAUGCUUCCUCUGCUGUGACUUUUCCAGGAAUCAAGGUUAUAUAUGACUUUGGGGUCUCCUUCAUCCUUAUUCUGCUGGUCUGGGCAAGCUGUGCAGGAUUAGUUUUCCUCAACUGCUUCUUCAACUGGCCCCUGGAGCCUUUCCCAGGACCAGAAGACAUGGACUAUUCGGUGAAAAUCAAGUUCAGCUGGCUGGGAUUUGACCACAAAAUCACUGGGAAACAGUUCUACAAGCAGGUGACGACCGUGGGGCGCCGGCUCAGCGUGGGGAGCUCCAUGAAGGGCCCCAAGGAGCCGACAGCCUUGCAGGAGAACAACAAGCUCUGCCUGUCCACGGUGGACCUGGAAGUGAAGUGCCAGCCUGACAAUGCAGCUUCUCCCUCCUUCAUGAAGAGUGUCUUCAGUCCUAUCUUGUUGCUCAGCCUUAUCACCAUGUGUGUCACUCAGCUACGGCUCAUCUUCUACAUGGGAGCCAUGAACACCAUCCUUGAGUUUCUGUCUGGAGAUAAAGAUCAAGUGGCUCUCUACACUUCCAUCUUUGGGGUAUUGCAACUGCUGUGCCUGCUGACAGCGCCUGUGAUCGGAUACAUCAUGGACUGGAGGCUGAAAGAGUGCGAUGAUGGCUCAGAAGAGACUGAGGAGAGCAACGCUGAGCAAAGUGACAAGAAAAAGAAGCGCGAUCGUCAGAUCCAGAAAAUCACCAAUGCCACCAAUGCCUUUGCAUUCACAAACGUCCUCCUGGUUGGAUUUGGAAUCACUUGUCUUAUUCCCAACCUACCACUGCAGAUUCUUUCCUUCAUUUUGCACACCAUUGUGAGAGGAUUCAUCCACUCAGCUGUGGGAGGCCUCUAUGCAGCUGUAUACCCCUCUACCCAGUUUGGCAGCUUGACAGGGUUGCAGUCGUUGAUCAGUGCCCUCUUCGCCCUUCUGCAGCAGCCUCUUUUCAUGGCAUUGACAGGACCUUUGGAAGGAGACCCUCUCUGGGUGAAUGUCGGCUUGCUUGGUUUGAGCUUCUUGGGUUUCUGCCUUCCAAUCUACCUGGUGUGCUACAGGCGCAGGCUAGAGAGAGAAAAAAAGCAGAAGAUGGAGGAUGCCAAACUCUUCUUCAAAAUCAACGGCACCCCCAAUGAGGAAGCCUUUGUUUAAACUCUUGCUUCAAAUACAACCUCCCCUGUACAGGUUCCUACCACAUCCGUGGGUUCUACCUGUGGUGUAAGCCAGGCUAUUUCUCCCCUGGCUCUGCCAGUCUUUGCCCAUCACUGGAGUGAGGGCCGGACAUCACGACUGAGCUUUCCUCAGACACAUGGCAGGAGGAGACUUCCCACUCCUUAUUCCAGAACACGGGACUCUUUCCCUUUUGAUAAAGGCCACGCAGAUAUUGUGUCUUAAACUGUCCCCUGAUCACACUCUCCAGUGGCAAAGCCUCUGCAUAGGAAACUUGGGAGAGAAGGAACAGAGGGAUGGGGGAAGAGGGAAGAAAGACCAUAACUUGAGUUUGCAAAGGUAAACACACUGAAGUCUGUUUUCUCCUCCUCUUCCCCCAACCUUGGCUGAUGUUGUCUCAGAUGCAAGCUGCACGUUCCUCCCUCCCUGAGGCUUCAUAGUGGUCUCUCUGCUUGAUAUGUAGGUGGACCCAGUGGUUUUAUUGCCUAUCCAGAUGUACCCUGGACUGUUCCUGAGGCAGGAAGGGGAUUUUAUUCCUACAUGUAUGAGCACAGCUUCAGUGUAUUGCUAAAUGUUGGCUGCUAGCACUGACAGCUCCCAAACCUUUUAUUACUGCAAAUGACACAGACUUGUGAGCAAUGGAUCUGCCUUCCACACUGAAAUGAAGAGCCUAGUGUACUGCUUGGUCCUAGAUCAAGCUUUCAAAGGCCUGGAAUUCUUCCUCUUCCUGGCCUGUAAACCACCUGUAUGUGUUUUAAACUGUCUGCAGUCCUGGAACCUUUGAGACAGGAAUUGGAUCUCAUUUACCGAUGAAGUGCUUUGGGACUUGUUGCCUCUUGCCUCUUCUUCCUUCCAGCUUGACCCUGGGAGGGGAGCAGCAGCAUGUACUAAAGGUGGAAAAGCUUGAAGCUGAGCUCUGGGGCUCCAAAUACUUUGGUGUUCACAUGUUGAGAGCUGACUUGCUGUUGAAAGAAACCACCGAGCGCAGAACACUCCUUUGUGCCUGGUAACUGGAUCCUGUAGACAUAUGGGUGAUGUGUUGAAGUAAUUUCUUCCUCCAGCCAUAGCUUAUUUACACCAUUCUGAUAACAGCCCCCAAGCUGCUAACACCAGGUUACUGCGACUGACCAAAAAGCUGCUGGUUUGGCUGUAUUAAGAACCUUCUACAGCGUUGAUGCUCUGUCUGGACAGAGUCCAUGGUGAUCGAUUGUAUGCUGAAGCUGACUUAGAGCAAUACAUGUGGGUAAAGGUGCCCCCAGGUCUGUUUGCCAUGGAGGGAAUAUAAAGGGAAUUUUUAACCUGCUUAUUUUUAUAGAAGUUUUCCUAAGUCUUGUCUAAAUUUGGUUUUUCUGCCCUUAACCUUUCUGUUGAGGUUGGUAGCUCAGCCUCUAGAGCAUUGUGACUAGCAUUAACCACUGCACCAUUUGGACCUGCUCGGAGCAGGAAGGUGCAGUGUUGAGGGUGGCUAUUAUCAGUGGACAUCCAGCACCAAAUGCACUGGGCCGAGCUAGUGGCUAUGGGAGGGUUGGGAGCAGAAACCAAUCAGUUCUGAAGAUGCAGUGGUGAUGCUUUCUGAGCUGCUGACCCCUGUGGUACUGCAAAGCCUGGCAGGGGGUAAGUCGUUCAACUGCUUUAUGUCUGCUUGGAAAAGUCCAAGAGUCAAUCCCUGCGCUGUUAGUGCUGGGGACUGGAAACAACAGCACUCAGACCUUCCUUUGGGAAAUUGCCUGGAAACAGGGUGUUAAACCCCUUUACAGAUGGCUUGGAGCACGCAGAUGCUGAGCCCAGCCAGGUCUUCACCCUUCCUACAGAAGGUUGGUGACCUCUUGGGCAGGACAGCUGGAAACACUGCCAGCAGAGGAGGAGGAGGAGGCAGCUUUGUGGGGCAGCAGCGCCAUCUCCAGCCAGGCUCUGCGGGCAGUUCAGACACUUCUCCACCCCAUGGUACCUCUUAGUCUGCAGUCACUCCUUUGGAAAUAGCUCACCACUUGAGUAUUUUACACGUUUGUGGGGUUUUUUUUAAUGUGUUGCCUUUAUUAAAUGUGUUUGUUCCAAGGACAGCCUUACUGCCUGCUGUCCACACUUCACUCUUGUACCCCUUCUUGUCUUUUGCUGGCCUCUAGCUUUGGUAUGAGUUAGCCACUGUCCCAGCUUUCCUAUCUUUUGUGUGAAGCAAUAAUGGAGGAGGCAGAGUCUUGAUUCAUUUUCCUGUUCACCUGGCACCGUCUCAAGUACAUGUUUGGAGACCACCAGCUUGCCUAGAUUUCUAGAGGGCUUUCUAUGGAUUUCUGCAUUUCAUAUUACAUGCUCCUAAAUAUUGUGAAGAUUCCAACUUGUGCUCUGAUUGUGACGUGACAAUAAUGGGUUAAAUGUAACUUAUUUAUUUCUUUUAUUAGUGAGCUCAGACAGGUGAGCGUCCUCAGACUGGCAGUGUCUUAAAAUGGAGAUGGUUGUUGGUGUGCGGACUCAGCCCUUACUUCCACCUCACAUUCACAACAUCAUAGAAUAGUUAAGGUUAGAAAGGACCUUAAGAUCAUCUAGUUCCAACCCCCCUGCCGUGGGCAGGGAGCUUCCACUCUUUGGCCACUUGAAUUCCCCAUAGAAAUAUCUCUGCAAAUGGGGGAAUAGUGGCAUGUUUUCAGGAAGUCACAGGAGAGAUGCUGCCGCAUGUGAAGUAUGUGUGGCUAAAUUAAACAUCACCGUUUUACUUCUGCCAUCUACCUCCCUACUGCAGUUCCCAGUUCCUGCCUUUUAUGUGGAAUAGCUUCUAGCCCAGUUUCAUCUGAUAAAAUGGUGGAUGUAUGUGCUUAGCAUCCCUGCUGAUGGGCUGCGGUGUUUAGAAGCUGCUGGUCAGCUGUGAGGAAAUAGAACCUCACUCCUGAGUUGGAGUUUUAGGCUCUGUUUGCAGAUGGUGAGUAAAGUGUGCCUUCAGCUGGCAGUCCCCAGGAAUAGUGGGUACACAAGGAAGUUGUAGGCUAAGAAUUAGAAGUAUUUAGAUGAAAUACUGGGGAAAGAAGCUCUUCCCUGUGAGGGUGCUGAGGUGCUGGCACAGGGUGCCCAGAGAAGCUGUGGCUGCCCCAUCCCUGGCAGUGCUCAAGGCCAGGUUGGACACAGGGGCUUGGAGCAGCUGCUCCAGUGGAAGGGGUCCCUGCCCGUGGCAGGGGUUGGAGCUGGAGGAGCUUUAAGGUCCCUUCAACACAAACUAUUCUGUGAGUCUAUUUUCCAAAAUGGGGCUGGUUAAAAGUGAUCUAUCUGUUAACUCAGGGAGACUUUUAGUUGCUGUAUAUAAGAAAGUUAUGCCAAGGAAAAAUCCCUUUUCUAUGUGCUCUGUCUCUUAAGAAUUGGUCAAAGAUGGAGAAAAUAAAUGCUGGGCUAGGUGAAAAACUCGUCUGAUGUAGUGGGAUUUCAUUUACUCUGACAAUUGUGAACCAAACUACUUUUAAAAAGCAGUCCAAAUUUAUCAAAAACCUGUAUCUGUGUGCAAGGUGUGCCAAUACUCCACCAACUGUGGCACAACUGCUUGAAGACUGUACCUCCUGCAGGGUGGGCCCAUUGGAGGAUAGAAUAUUGUGGCUUCAGCCUCUUCUGUAUGUUUUUUUGCAUGGUGCAGAAGUGAACGCUGUUGGCAUAGUCCUGUUAAAGUGGUUGUUCAUGGGCAGCCUGCCUUGAUCUUUGGCCAUUAUGGAAAUGUAAUUGUGGAUUACUGGAGUUUGGAGUGGAAAACAGCACUGCUGCUUUCUUGGCCAAGUGAUGUGGGACCAAGAUAAUUCCUGAUGUGCUUUUCUAUGUGGCAUGAGCCACCUUGUGGAAAAAAGAUUAAUGGGCCACCAAAGUGGGAUGAUGGAAAAGCCCUUGUCUCCUCUGUAUCAGCAUCCCCAGCUAGAGGUAAUGAAGCAGAAACCUGGUAUGUGAGUACUUGCUCACAGAAGGAGCCCUCAGACUCAAGAGUGUUGCUGUGUAAAGGUGAUUGCACCUCUGGAAACACUGCUCCUGGCCUCUACAGACUUUUAAUGUGUAAUAUGUAUCCAUACUUAAAGAAAAUAAACUAAGAAGCUGAGUGGGGAAGGGAGGGUGACUCCUUUCACUAACCUGUCAGUACCAUUGACACAGUCUUCAUAGUGGUGAUGCUGUCAAGAGUAGCAGAGGAAAUCGGUGCUGUUCUGUUUAAUAGGGCACUUAACAGCUUUAUUCAGUUACUGACACAGAGUCAAGAUCCUUGAGAUGAAACUGGACGCAGAUGUCUGCAAAAACACAAAAGAGGCAAAUCUUGCUGAGACUCAAACUUCACUGCAGUGCUGCUACAGACAUUGAAUGCUUGACUCCCACAGUAAAGCCUGGCCUCUUCCUGCUCUGUCUGCAAAGGAAAACUGUAGGAUAAUGAGAUUUUUAACUUGGUCAGUAAAUCACUAACAUGUUUUAAAGUGGGAGAUUUCCUUCUUGACAGGCUGCUAAUUUGGAAAAUAUGCCACAACUACAAAGCAGAUACUGUAGGCUAAAAAGAAUGAAAUACUUAAAAUUACAAGUUUUCAGGUUUUUGUUUGUUGGGUUGGAUUGGUUUUCUUUCAGUCUUUUCUCUAUCUGCAGAGCUUUUGGUAUUCCCCACUUUCCAGUUCAGAAGUGCAAAGUACUCAUAAUAGAAAUAAGUAUUACAGUAGGAUUCCUGACAGGAAGGGGCUGCUUCCUUAAAAUAAAAAGCCACUUCUGAUUUAUAUGUCACCAGGUUCUCUUCUGUGGACUGGCUGGAACAAUGCUGUUAUGUAGCUGCAUUCUUACCUGUUAAUUAUAAACCCUACAGGUCCUUGUUUUUCUGCCUGUCUCUGCAGUCUGUUUUUAUCGUGUCCUGUGCUCCACGUUGUCAUACUUCCACUGCUGCUUGCCACUUCCUUGUGCCUGACUGUCACCUCAUUCUUGGGACAAUCCCCUUCUAAAGGAACCCCUCUCUUUUUAACCUGCCAGCUUUAGCAUCUCCCAAUGCCUCCUGCUCCCAGGACCGAUGUGCUGUUUUCAAAGUUGAACUGUAAGCUCCUUGUGGCAGGCUUGUGUCAUCCUCUGUGUGUGUGUAAGGUGAUGUGCACUCUUGCAGUAAUAUCUACAAAUAAAGAUGGUAUUAAGUUAA